UGUUAGUCAGUGCUGGGGUACUGCCAGCACAGCAUUACUUCUAACAACUAUAAAGCAUUUUCACUUCACUGUUAGUGGAACAUAAUGAAGACUGCUGUUGCAUUUGUUUUCUUGAAUAUUGGAUUAAUACUAUGUAUUGAGGCUUCUGUGGAAUACAGCAAUACCAGCAGAUUCACAAAUUCCAGAAAUCAAAAUGAAAAUGGAGCCUGUGCCAUCAAGCUGAAGCGCACAGAGUGUGAUGAAGAUGAAGUCUGUAGUUAUAAGGUCAACCUUCCACCUCUCACCGUUCAGCUUCCCAAAGAGUCAAAACUCCUCAAACAGACCAUCAAACAAGUGAAAAGUCUAACAGCAACAGUCAAUAAGAUGAAGAAUAGGUGGCUGGAAGCAAAACAGAAAAAGCCUAUUAGUCAUAAGCAAGCUACUGGAAAUAUAGAAGAUGGAAGGAAGGAUACCAAGAGAAUAGCAUUGUUGGAGGAAAAAAUUACUAAGCUAACAGGUUUAUUACAGAAAGCCAGAAAUCAAAUCAAUGUGCUUCAGGGUCGUUUAGAAAAGAUAAGUAUUCUGAAUAUGGACAAUGUUUUGCACUAUAUUGACAAUGAGCUUUCAAAAAUUAACUACACAGUGAAUACAUUGAACAACAAGUGUUCUACAACUUGUGAAGCUCAAGGUCAACAAGCCACAAAAUAUCCUCAAGAUUGCUCAGAUUAUUAUUACAACUUAAAAGAACGGAAAAGCGGUAUCUAUGUAAUUGGUGAAAGCUUGAAUGAAAAGUUUUCAGUUUAUUGUGAUAUGGAAACUGAGAAUGGAGGUUGGACAGUGGUGCAGAAUCGUAAAGACGGUAGUGUUGAUUUUAAUCGCACUUGGGCUGAAUACAAAAAUGGUUUUGGGAAUCUCUCGACAGAAUUUUGGCUGGGAAAUGACAAAAUACAUUUUUUGACAAAAUCCAAGGAAAUGGUUUUAAGAAUUGAAUUGGAAGACUGGAACAGCAUUAAAGAAUAUGCCUCUUAUGAUCAAUUCUUCGUUGCAGAUGAAGAUCAUUAUUAUCGCUUGACUGUUAAGAAUUUCUCAGGCACAGCUGGUGAUGCACUGCAUAAUGGCAAGAAUUACAACCAUGAUCAAAAAUAUUUCACCACCAAAGAUAAAGAUAAUGAUAAUUAUUCCUUAGGUAACUGUGGGGCAUAUUAUAGCUCUGGCUGGUGGUUUGAUGCUUGCAUGUCAGCCAAUCUCAAUGGCAAAUAUUAUAAAAAGCUCUACAGAGGCAUACGAAAUGGUAUUUAUUGGGGCACUUGGUACAAUGCAGCAGAUGAAAUUCUGAAUGGCUAUCGUCAUUCUUUUAAGUCAGUAAGAAUGCUCAUUCGGCCUAAGGCAUUUCGGCCAUAGGUAUGUGGUAACAAUAAAAAAUGCCAAAAUAUUUUAACAAUGUUAUUGGAGAGCUUUCGCUACACAAUCAUUUUAAAAGCUGUAUUCUACAGUAUAACCUGCAAUAUUAGUAACACCCAGCUCUAUUCUCUAUCAUUUCUGACAACCACUAGACUAUUUCUAUAAUGACAGAAUGCCUCUCCAAAAUUAAAUCAGAUGCAUGUCAAAGCUUAUUCCAGCCAAGCACCAGGAAGAUUAAGUCAUCAUUUCCUAUCUCACUUUAUUCCUUUAACACCAACUUCAACUGUAUUCUCAAUUAUUUAAUCGGGGUGAUUCAAAUUGUUCACACAUCGAUGUCUUGUUCGAUCUAGAGCUUCAAAUUCAUUUUUGAAGAAAGGCAAUUUACCUGAAACAUAAACGUUGUUUCUCUCUCCACAGAUGCUGCAAGAUCUGCUGAGUAUUUCUCAUCAUUUUCUGUUGUAUUCUUGCAUUUGUAGCGCUUUCUUUUGCUUCAAACUCCAUGUCCUUUCCAUCGGCAAUACUGCUUAUUGCCACAGCUUAUUUCAAGUACUACUGUCACCACCUAUACAUGUCUCACAGCUCUUGAGUUCAGUGAUUCCUAACUAGUUUUCAAUUCUCUAAUUUACAUUAAGAACAGCUUGUCAAAAUAUCACCCAUUCGCAUUCUUUUUCACACUAUAUCCCAAUCACCUAUCACACUGUCCUUGUUGAUUUAUGUUGAUCUACCUUCCAAUAUAUUGAAUGUUAAUUCCUGGUACUCAUUUUCAGAUUCAUCCAAGAUCUUGCUUCACCCUACCUUUGCCUCAUCGCCUCUCCUAUAAUUAUCAGUUUUCUGACUGGCAUCCUGUGGCUUCUUCUGUCACUUUUCUCUGAAAUUGAUCGCACGUCCUUCAGUUAUCUUGAAAGUACUCUUUGAACCUUAUUUUUCUCCGUGUUUCUGGUAAAAUCAUCUCAAAACCAAUCUAUUUAACCAAAGUUUCAACAAUCUCUCUAUGGUUCAACAUCGAAUUUUGUAUAACUUUGAAAACAUGAAAUGAAAUAUAAAUGUAUCUUCUCGUCAAUAGAAAAGAGAACAUGUUAAAGAAAUAUGUGUACAUGUGGGUGUAAAAUAUUUGUACUGGUCAUUAAUGAGUAUAAUUAAGGUCAACAAGCACUGGCAACAUGCCAGAUGUUGAAAUCCAAAGGCAUGUCUCUCAGGCCUCACAGUUGGGGUGCAGGCUGCCUCCAACUCUGACUCUUUGUCCAUAAAAGGGUGUAAAUUAAUUUUACUCCCUCAUUUUUUAAGGAGUUGGAUGGAAAUAAUAAUAAGAUAUCUAUUUUUUAUUCAUUUUUUAAAGAAUUUCAGGUAUAUGAUUAAAUAGACUUUUCAAUGAAGAAUUAAUCUAAAAGAAAUUUAGCAGGAAUUAACUUCAGGAGACACCUUGUCAUCCUAAUGAAUCAUUUCAUAACUUUAAUGGUAUUCUCAUUAUAGCAGAUAAUAGAAAUUUAACUGUGCUAUGCUAAUAAAUACUCAAAAUGAUUAUUUUAGCUUUAAUUAGAUUUUUACUGAAUAUCUUGAUUUUGGAAAUGGUCGUCCACUGUUAACAUAUUAAUUUGCAUAUUUACUCAGCAAUUUAAUGUUAAGGACAGAGACAAUGAAAGAAUUAAAAUAACUGUAUUGUGCUACACUGUCUUUGAAAGAUAUAUUAAAAAGCUGAACUUGUUUAAGCUAUUCUCAUUAUAUAAUGCAUUUACCAUAAGCAGUGAGGCCUGUUACAAGCUCUGUAAAACUGUACAAUACAAAUAUAUCUAUAAUAAAGCAAGC